ACCCCGAGUUGAUUCGAACGCGAGUUUGUAUCGGUAGUUCAUUAAUGUUCCAUGUGCCUUGGACCGAUGCAUGGCAAUCGCGCGAAGACAUUUGAAGACAACCCUGCUACUUCCAUUGUAUCGCCGUGGAAUAAUUAUGCACAGGUAACAGCCGAGUCGAGAGGCGUUGGAAGCGAGCCGGGAGCCAGUGAGAACAGUCCGCGCGCCCGCCGAGAUACAUCGACGUCUGCCCGCAUAGGAUGGUAGAAACUGACCCGGGGCCCAAACCUCACGAUUGUGAUGUAAAAAGGAACCACCAAUUAAACGGACCAGGUUCCAAGACUGCAGAACUUGCAGUCGUCCCAUCGCUGAAGACACCAGUCAAAGGCGAUCCGGAAAAAGGCCCAGUCUCUGAGAAAGCUGACUUCGAGAAAGCUAUCGAAUUAGCCGGAUAUGGCCGCUUCCACUACCUGCUGCUGGCGGUCUGCGGACUCGUCAGCACGUCCGAGGAGAUGGACGUCAUCUCCAUGUCCUUCAUCCUGCCGUCGGCGCAGUGCGACUUAGAUCUCACCACGCAGACUAAGGGAUGGCUGAACAGCAUAAUCUUCAUCGGCAUGAUGGCCGGCGCGUACGCGUGGGGCUCGGUGGCAGACUCGCUGGGCCGCAAGCGCGUGCUCAUCGCCAUCUCCGUGAUCAACGCGCUAGCUAUCGUGGCUUCCUCCUUCAGUCAGAACUACGAGCUCUUCAUGUUGUUCCGCUUCAUCAACGGAGCUGCAUUAGGAGGCUCAGGUCCCGUCAUCUGGUCGUACUUCGCAGAGUUCCAGCCGAAAAACAAGCGCGGAGCUAUGUUGAGCUUCAUGGCUGCUUUCUGGACGCUCGGCAACCUGUUCGUGGCCGGUCUUGCCUGGGUUAUAAUCCCCAGCGGAAUUGGAGGAGAGACUAACGGCUUCGUGUACAACUCAUGGCGUAUCUUCUUACUUGUGAUGUCUCUGCCAUCAUUCGUCGUCGCCGCACUCCUGUUCCUCUUGCCCGAGUCCCCCAAAUUCCUCAUCUCCACCGGUCGCCACGAGGACGCGCUGGAAGUCUUCCGGGGAAUCUACGUCAUGAACACCGGCAAGAGCAAGGACCAAUACCCCGUCAAACAACUCUUGGUAGAAGAACCCAUGCAUACGAAGCCGGAGAAGCAGAUUGACACGAAGGAGCCACAAGUGCCUAAGUCUAAACUAAGGAGGAUGUUCAGCGACAUUGUGGAGCAUAGCAAGCAGUUAUUCGUACCACCCAUACUCAAGUUCACGACGAUAUCCAUCACCAUCAACUUCACUUUCCAUAUCGGGUACUACGGACUUAUGAUGUGGUUCCCUGAAAUGUUCAACCGUUUCGACGAGUGGUCGAGAAUGAACGACAACGCACCAGCAGACAUUUGUCAGGUGACCCGGUACGUGACGCAGUACGGCACGCACUCUGCCGACGCGACGUGCGACUCCAGCAUCCGGUCGGACGUAUUCAUGGAGUCUCUCAUCACCGUGGCCGCCGCCAUCCCCUCCAAUAUCUUUGCCGUGCUGGGCAUGGACCGGCUCGGACGCAAGUUCUUCCUGGUAUUUGCGACGUUCUCGGCCGGGCUGUGCUCUGCGGCCAUGUACUUCGUGUACAACAAGACUAACAACCUCAUCGUUAGCGCCAUCUUCAGCUCUGUCAUCUCGUGCGGUAACGCCUCGCUCGACUGCCUCAUUACUGAGGUCUUCCCCACCAACUUACGAGCGACUGGCGUGGCGGUAUCCAUGGUGGCAGCCAGGCUCGGCGGCAUCAUGGGCAACGUAGUGAUCGCGGCGCUGCUGGAUCAGUACUGUCCAGCGCCCACCUUCAUCGUGGCCGUGCUGCUGGCCAGCGGCGGCCUCAUGUGCCUCUUCCUGCCUAACACCACAAGACAGGCCCUGCAGUAAUCUAUGGCUCUUGAGAUUGUCUUCGUCUCCUAGACUGUUCAGGACACUGCGAACUUGUUGUAAUCGGGAUCGUCAUCUUUUUACCCGGUUAGUUUAAAUAUUGUUCCGGCGCUUGAAGACUUGGCCCAAAAAUUAGUGUAAAGGUUUUGUGGAAACAUUUACAGCGGGAGUUCUCUAAGUGUUCUUAACAUUAUAGCUAGGGACAAGAUUAUUUGAGUUCGACUUUACCGUAGGAGUCAUGAAGUCUAACACCCGCGCAUACCUAACUUGCUCAGAUAAAUGGAAAAGGGGAUGCGGUUCUAAGAACUGUUCCGCGCGAUUUAAUUAUUUCUAUUGACGCGAUCGCGUUGGACACGAGCUCUUAAGUUGGAUUGUCUAACAACGAUAACGCGCAUAAUAAUUAGUUUUUUCAAAGCAAGUCAAGGAAUCCGAUGUAAUGUUUUGUUACAAGUGGGAACGUUGAUGUUCGUAUAGAAUUUAGUGGUGGUCGAAAUCUGCCAUGUGAUAAAAUUAAGUAUUCAUUCAUUUAAACAUUGUUGUAACUAGUUCGCUCAUAUUUGUACAAUAUUUUUAUACACGUUUUUAAUUUAUGAUAUUAAAUGAAAGGACGAGCAAUAUUUUCUACGAUAGGUAGUAAUAGUAAUAGUGUAAAUAUGGCUGUCGUUACGUUGAAGUUUUACUUGUGUAAAACUAGUAACGAACUGAAACUUGAUACUUGUGAAAAUAUCCUCGCAUCACUCGAAGGUUUUUUUUAAAUAAAUGUAGUUUCUUGAUCCUUCAGCAAUGUUUCAUGCUGUUCCUUUGUUCUUCAAACCCACUCUUCCCUAAUAUUAUAUAAAGUAUUAUAGUUAUAAGAAUUUCCAUUUACAUUUCUGUUGUACAGAUAAGUAAGCAAUGCAAAUAUUUUCAUAUUACGAAUUUAUGUAGCGUUUGUUACCGUAGUAUGUAGUACGUAGUUUGUAGUAAAAAUGAAAGACCAUGCGAUUUUAAUAGAAUGAAGUAAACUGGCUUCUGGUGGCCAUGUCAGGCAAAGGUUACUCAACCCUGUCCUAAAUAAUAUAAGCGCAAUACCUAUUUGACUUUGUCAUUGACAAUACUUUGUUCGAUUAAUUUAAGCAAAUAAAUAUAAUUUUACAUGGAAACGAAUAAAUCAUAUUGAAGAAAUGAA